AUGGUGGAAUACGUAGACCAUGUUCAUAUGCAGAUAGAAGGCAACCAAGAAUCUAUAGUAGAUGAGGCAUUCGUAGACAAGACUCACUCUCAUUCGAUAAUGGAUAUAAAGAGAAAUGGAAAUAGUUAUUCAACGAGCUGCAAUGUGGAAUCAACCAUGGAAAAUAUUAUAGAUAAGGAGCCACCUCUAGAUACUCUAGAAGAUACCAUCCACAAUGAUACAAUGAAUGAGAUCGCUUUAACAGAAUUAGUAUCGAAAGAGAGAAUCAGUACAACAAACUCAUUUGAAUGCUUGAAUUCACUAGAGUGUCAUAGCAUGGAUAAUGGGAUAUUAGUAGAGCAUGUGGAACUCGAUUUAUCCCAUUAUGCAACGUCAAAAGGUAAUAUGAGCAUUAAUGGGAAUUGUAUGUGGAUUGAAGAAAGAUUCAAAGAUAGUAUGUAG